GCUGGGUGUCCGAUCAGGGAGUACCUGGAUCUGGCGUGGAUCUGGGCUGAUGAUGGUCGCGGUAUGGUCGUUCAGCCUAUCUGCUACCGCCGGUCUCGCCCCUCCUAUAGGCCACGGCCGACAAUGGUCGCCCUGCCGCACACGGCACCGAGUCCGUUGCGAGAAAUCACUCGUCCGCCUUGAUCUCUCACCGCCGUCUCGCUCUUGGUCGACCCAGGCGGACACGGGCACCUGCAGGUUCAGCUUCAGACUCAUCCUCGCCCGACGCCCCCGCUGCAGUGCUGGUCUCUGAGCUGACUUACUGUACAUACCCCCACGCGCCAUGUCAACUGUCUCUCGCACGCAGUCAGUCAGGCGUGGGGGUGCGCUCCCCCGCCUCUGGAUUGACUCGUCGCCCUCUAGCUAUCAAAACCAACUCUACACGCCUGCUUCCGCAUUACCCUCCGCAAAUGUGGUUCUGAGUGGUGAUACCUCGACCACCUUGACGGAUUCGGCGUCCACAUCCAGCGCGGAGGCAUUCCAAGUUCUGGCCCUCUAUGACUACGAGGCCGCAGAUACCGAUCAACUGUCGUUCAGGAAGAACGAGGUUCUGGAGAUCAUUAAGCGCGAGGAUUCGGGCUGGUGGGCUGCUCUACGCCCGGGCGACAACCGCGUCGGAUGGAUACCUCAGGCCUUUGUCGAACCCAUCUCGGAGAGGAUCGUGCACCAACUCCGCGUCAAGGACGAUGCGCGGAUCAUCUCCCCCGCAUCGGACCUAUCAUCGAGGAGUGGGACGCUCCUCAGCACGCCCGACAGCGAAGCUACAGGGCUGCAAUGGAUGCCAUUGACGGAGGGCGACCAGGCACCAGUGCGACUCUUCGCCGGAUCCGACACCAAAGGCGCCCCCUCGCUCUUCAGCCCGCUCGUCCCUCCUCACGAAGGCGUCGACGACGCGCACUCCGAGUCCGACGUCGACGUCUCCCCCUCGCCGGCGGGCGAGCCAGCAUCCCCGCUGCCCGCCACCGACGCGCCCGACGAGCCGCCCCCGGUGCCCUCUAAAGACGACCGGACCCCGCUCAAGCUGAAUCUCAAGCCGACGCAGCCGCUGCAGAUCCAGCGGCACUCCUCGCCGCUGCGCGCGUCCCCCGCGCUCAUCGAGUCCUUCGACCACGCGCGGAGCCACUCUGACCCCGUCAGCCCCGUCGUGACGCGCCAGCUCCGGCGGCGGCCCGUGCUCAUCGACGACCGCUCGUCGCUCAACCGGCUCACGACGCUCUUCGAGUUGGAGAACGCAGCGGACCUCGACGUCCUGGUGGGCAGCCCCCUCGCGGGCAGCCCGCUAAUGGGCAUCCCCAUCGUGGCGAGCCCUGCGUCGGUGGACUCGUUUGAGACGCUGGUCCCCGGGAAUCGCUCGACGACGCCGAAGCUGAGCUUGCCGAGGAACCCGUUGCAUCCGAGGGCGCCCCCCGUGAGGCAGGACACGAAGGAGUCGAGGGCGCGCCUGAGUCCGUCGCGGUUACGGCCGGCGGAGGAGCAGGAUGAGCUGCUGCUUGCGGAGGAUGGGAGCGUGGUUGCGGGCACCCUGCCCGCCCUCAUCGAGCGCCUCACACUCGACACGCAUGAUCCAGUGCAGAUGCGCAACUUCCAACGCGCGUUCUUCAUGACGUACAAGUCGUUCGCGAACGCGGACGAGGUAUUCACGCUGCUUGAGGACCUCUUCCACACGGAACGCCCCCCAGGCGGGAGCCAGGAGGACAUCGACCUCGACCAGUGGCGCGAGCAGCGGCUCGAGCCCAUGCAGCGGCGCGUCCUCUUCAUACUCAAGAUGUGGUUCGAGGAGUACGGCAUGCUCCGCGACGAGCCGCACAUCGUUGGCCGGCUUGUGGAGUUCUUGUCGUCGCUCACCUCGCCGUUUAUCACAAUGGCGAGGAGCAUGCAGGACUCGCUGCAGCGGCAUCUGGGCACGAAAACGCCUCCCACCCCUGUGACAGGCAGGCGCAAGCUCAAGCGCAAAGCCUCUAAGAACGACUUCGGGCGUCUAGAACCGAUGGCUGUCGCGAAACAGCUUUGUGUCCACGAGCACCGGCUGUACGCGAAGCUGGAGGCUCGGGAAUGCUUGCACUGGAUGAACCCGAGCGAGGCAGACGGUAUCCCCAAUCUGACUGCGUUCUGCAUGGCGCGUGCCAGAUUGACUGGUUGGGUGAGAGCGAGCUUGCUCGGCGUGGACGGGCUCAGUCGAAGAGCGGAGAUGCUCGAGUUCUGGAUACGCGUUGCGGAGCGCUGCAAGGAGCUCUGCAACUUCUCAUCACUGAGCGCAAUCACAACGGGCCUUUCGGAUCCCGCGAUUGCGCGGUCCCAGUUCCUGUGGGCCCACUUACCACGCGGGGUGCAGCAAGAGGCGACGGCGCUGCUCACCGAGCCCGCCGGUGACCAAUUACCCUACUGCGCACAGCAAGAAUCCGUCCACGGGCCGUGCAUCCCGUACAUCGAACCGUACCUCGCGCUGGUCGCGCAUGUCAGCGAGCACUUCGCGGACACGGUGCCCUCGCCGGAGACGGAGCAGCAGCUGAUCCACUUCGCGAAGCGGGAGAAGUGGUACGGCGCGGUGCAGGAGAUGCUCCGGCACCAGGCGCACGCGUACGACUUCCCCGAGGACGCGCAGACUGCGGAGUUCGUGGAGGCGAACGUGACGAGCAUCGCGCAGGACCAGCACUUCGGCGCGCUGCCCCACCAGAGCGAGGCCGACAUCGCGCAUCUGAAGAGAGUGCUCGAGUCGCUGCCCUAAUGUGGCCCCCGAGCGAGCGCAGGGGAGUGUGGUUUAACUUAUUCUGUUAACAUGGCGAAUAUGCUACUGCUUGGAAGGAUCACUCGAUACACUCUUUCUCUCUCCAUGGACUCGUCAAGGACAUGAUCGUCUUAUCCCCGGAUAGUCUGCAUACUCCUGAGGCUCUUGCUUCAUCUUGGUAGCCAUUCACCCACACUAUUUUUCUCCAUUAUCGUCGAAUGCAACCCAGUCUCUUGCCCAAAUGCGACA